GGCGGGCUAAAGUAUAUUUUUGUUUGCCUAUGCAAUUGGAGCAUUAACAACCAAUUAAAAUAGUUAAUAGCUAAUUAAAAAACCGAUACAAUGGAACCUUGUGUUAUAGAAUUUAUUGGGGAGAAAUCAAUCAUAGGGGUAAUACCAAACUUUUCCUUUGAUCCUUUGCACUUGAUAUCAGGCAGUGUGGGACCGUUCCGAGCCGGUAUGCCUGUCCAUGUACCCCUCUGGUUGGGGAUACAUUUGCGUAAGCAACAGAAAUGCCGCAUAGUGCCUCCCGAAUGGAUGGAUAUGGAUCUGUUGGAGGAAAUUAAAGAAGAGGAAAAACGUUCCAAAUUCUUUACGAAAAUGCCCAGUGAGCAUUACAUGGUUGAGGCUCAACUUAUAAUGAGCACAGCUCCUGAUGAUGUGCCACGUUGUGAAGAAAUCCGUACAAUUAUAAAGGAUAUAUUCGAUAUACGUGAAUCAAAACUACGAACAUCUAUAGAUGCUUUCAUCAAGGGCGAAGGCACUUAUGCCAAAUUGGAUAAUUUGACUUUAUUAGAAAUGCACAGUGUUCGUCCAAUUUUACCGCACUCCUUGGAUCAUAUAGCUCGUUAUCAGCGUACAGCAGUAGCGACUCACACUUCCAUGUCAGGCAUAAAUUCAAGUACUUUGAAUUCCAGCUCGUUUUCAACACAGUAAAAUAUUAGGAUUACAAAUUCAGUCGUAAGUAAUUGUUUUUUUUAGUAGUAAGUUAUCAGCAAAAUUAUAUGAAUCCUAGUAAAGCAGCUAUUGGAUGUGUGGAAAACUGAA